GUGUUUGGUAUUUUUAAGUUGUAUUUACAUCAGGGACCGCAGAAACCAUGGCUUUAAAACGUUUAAAAACCAAAAAGUCCAAGCGUAUGACGGGCAAACUCAAACAUAAAAUUGAAAAGAAAGUCCGUGAACACAAUAGGAAAGUGCGUCGGGCCGAAAAGAAGAAUCCCAAGAAGGGCAGUAAGAAACAGAAGCUCAUACAAAUUCCCAAUAUAUGUCCCUUCAAAGAAGAUAUCCUGAAAGAAGUGGAGGAGGCCAAGAAGCGCCAAGAGGAGGAGAAACAACGUAAACGUGAAGCCAUACGUUUGGAGAGGAGUCAAAAUAAAUUCAAGACUUUGGAAGCCUUGGCCGAUGAUGCUGAUAUGCGUGGUACUGUGCACACAAUAAUGCAUGAAAAUGAUGUUGCCAGUGAUGAGAAACAAUACAAAACCUCCGAUACCAAGGAACAAUCGUUGAAACAAUAUUUCAAAGAAUUCAAAAAAGUUUUGGAAAAUGCUGAUGUUGUACUGGAGGUUGUGGAUGCUCGCGAUCCCUUGGGUACACGCUGUACGGAGGUUGAGCGGGCUGUUAAGGCUGCACCAGGCAAUAAACGUUUAGUGCUGAUUUUAAAUAAGGCCGAUUUGGUACCGAAAGAAAAUUUAAAUGCCUGGUUGAAAUAUUUUAGACGUUUGGGUCCCGUCACCGCAUUUAAGGCCUCCACACAAGAUCAAAAUACCAAAUUAGGAAGGCGUAAAUUUCAUCAAAUGAAUUCGGAGAAAGCUAUGCAAGGCUCCAUGUGUGUGGGUGCUGAACUUUUAAUGUCCAUGUUGGGUAAUUAUUGCCGCAACAAAGGCAUUAAGACAUCGAUACGUGUCGGCGUUGUUGGUAUACCGAAUGUGGGUAAAAGUUCCAUUAUUAAUUCAUUGACUCGUGGCAAAGCUUGUUCUGUGGGUUGUACUCCAGGUGUUACAAGAGCUAUGCAAGAAGUUGAAUUGGACUCCAAAAUUAAAUUAAUCGAUUGUCCCGGUAUUGUCUUUGCAAACUCCGCCAAGAAUGAAAAUAUGCCUGCUGUUCUCAAGAAUGCACAACGUGUCGGAGAUGUCAAAGAUCCUUUCACCGUGGCCGAAAGUGUUCUGAAACGUGCCAGCAAAGAAUAUUUCUGUAAAUUAUAUGAUAUCACCGAAUAUGAUACAUUUGAAGAAUUCUUUGCCAAGAAAGCAGCACGUAUGGGUAAAUUUUUGAAAAAAGGUGUACCAGAUGUUGUUGCCGCUGCACGUAGUGUCUUAAACGAUUGGAAUACAGGAAAAAUUAAAUAUUGUACACAACCACCAGAGGUUGUGGAAAACAACGAUGUCCAUGUUAGUGCCUCGAUUGUACAUGCUGAAGCCCGCGAGUUUGAUGUGGAUAAUUUCGAGCAGAUGGAAACUGAAAUUCUUAAUAAUUUCGAUGUUAAAAAAGAUGAUGUUAUGGAAAUUACAUCAAGUGGUCCGGUGGAAUAUAAACCAAUGGAUGAUGAUGAGGCGGAGGAGAAGGAAGAUGACAAGAAAACAAUAAUUGAUGAAACUGAAGUUCAUAGUAAGCGAAAGAAGAGGAAAAUGGAUGAUGAGGAUAAAAAGGAGAAAAAUGAUCCCACUUUGGAGUUGGAAGGCAAUCAAACCCUUAACAAAAACAUCAAAGAGUUGAUGAAGAAAAAGAAGAAACAGGAAAAGAAAGUUUCCAAAAUUGCCGAUGUCUUAGAUAGCUUCAGUAUAAGCACAAAUACCGAUGAUAAAUAUGAUUUCGAUGAGGACUAUGUUAUUGAUGAAUAGAC